ACCCGCAUAUUCGCAGCCACGGACAAGAUCAGUCUGAGAGCAUAAGGAAGCAGCGAGCGAGAGGAUCUGGGAAGUAAAGAGAGAAGAAGGAAACACGAGUGAAAACCUGAGCAUCAAUCCGCGGCAUAGAACUACCUGGAUCAAAGGUUGAAGUGCUUUGAAGGCAGCCAGUUCAACUUUGAAACCACUUUGAAAAGAAUAUGUAUAUCGUCCAAGGAAAGCCAGGGGAGAGUUCAUUGUACCCCUAUACGCAGUCCCUGCUGCCAGAAGCAGCAAAAAUAUCAAAUGACGCAACUAUCCAUCACCCCCAGGAGGCUUUCAUGAAGGUGACCCAAGGACAUUGGGAGGUGAGAGAAGACGAAGUACAAUGGGGGCAGAAGAUCGGAGAAGGAGCGAAUGCAGUUGUCUUCAAGUGCAAGGUUCGAGGAGUCACAUGCGUGGCCAAGCGGCUGAAGAAGGGGAUGCAAGCGAGGUCUCAAUCGUACAAGGAUCUGAUCAUGGAGCUUGACAUCUUGACAACAGUCGCCCUCCAGCCUCACUCAAACCUGGUUCGAUUCAUCGGAGCGAGCAUCUGGGACCCGGAGAACCCGAUCAUCUUCGAGGAGUACGUUAACGGCCCUACGUUGGACCGAUACCUCUUGGCGCGCUUCGGCAAUCGUAUGGGGCGCAAGACUAUCUUCUCAUGGAGCCUCGACAUCCUCAAGGCCCUGGACUACCUGCACAGUCGCGACCCCAUCAUUCUCCAUCGCGACGUCAAGCCUGCGAACCUUAUGCUCACUCGAGACUUGACGACGCUGAAGCUGGCAGACUUCGGGAUGUGCAAGCCUGUGGACAGGUCAGUCAGAGACGUCGUCAAGCACCACGGGCAUACGGGAACGCUGAGGUACAUGGCGCCUGAGGUUCUCUCACAGAGACUGGGCAACUACAACGAGAAAGCGGAUAUCUACUCGGCUUCUCUUGUCUUGUGGUACUUGGCAACCUGCCAGCGUCCGCCCGACAACGACUUGCAGCGGAUCUACGAGCGGCCGGAGCUCGAGGCUGUUAAGUGGCCCAGCUUUGAAGGGCUGAUUCAACGCAUGUGGGCCCAGGAUUCCAACCAGCGACCGUCAGCGAGGGAGUGCAUGGAUGCGAUGAAUGCUUUCCCGGACAAGCCGGACAUCAGCUCAGGAAUCGCCCCUGGCAGGCCAACAUGCUGCAACUUACAGUAACAAACCACCAAGUCAACACUUCCAAUCGUUUCUUCAUUGUUUGUAAUUUACGCGGGCUGGACAGAGUUUUACUUGUGAUUUGAUUUUUUUCUUCUUGUCUUGAUUUAGUAAGGUGUGAUAAAGAGUCUUAAACGCUUUU